GGACUCUUUCCCCCAACCAGCCCACUCCUAACCCUCUCUUCGCCACAUCUGAGAUCCAGAACCCCUGUCUGUGCACCAUGGUCAGUGGGCGACUUCUGCUCCUGGGCAUUACCUGUGCCAUGCUCAUCCUUUUGGCUCGGUGUGAAGACUCGCUGGAAACUCGCUCUCCAGAGGACCCCUUCAAGACACAGGAAGAGAAGGAACUGAUUGAAGCCUUACAGGAAGUUCUUGAAAAGCUGAGGAACAAGCAGAUGCCAGUCACAGAGAAAAAGCUGGGCUGGGUUCCCUCGUGUGAUGCAGGUGAGCAAUGCGCCCUACGCAAGGGGGCGAGGAUCGGGAAACUGUGCAGCUGUCCACGAGGAACGUCCUGCAAUUUCUCCAUCCUGAAGUGCUUGUAGCGAGACUUAUCUCAAAUGGUUGUCCUCACCGCUGAGACGGAGCAGAACAAAUAACUGGAGGCUGCUUUCAAAACAGUUAGCCCAGCAGCCCCCUUCAAAUUCCAAUUA